GCGGUGGGGAACACUUGCGUAUUUUACUCUGGACCUCCGUCAUGUCGAUGAUUCCUCGCCAAGUGAACGCCAUCAAGGUCGCCGGUGCCCGUGGCAUGGCCACCGAGAAGCAAAUUCUUAUGCGCAUUAACGCUACCUCCAACAUCGCCAAGAUCACCAAGUCGAUGAAGAUGGUGUCCGCGGCCAAGAUGCGUGGUGCUGAACGUCGCCUUGCCGAAGGUCGCCCUUUCGCCACGUACUUGGAACACCUCGAUGGUGCCAUCCGCGUGUACGAAAAGGAUGGUGUGAUCCCCAAGGAAGAAUUGACGGGUCACAACACGUUUAUCCCGAUUACGUCGGACCGUGGGUUGUGCGGCGGGUGUAACUCGUUCAUCGCCAAGUCGACCCGUCUCCAAGUCAAGGACAACUUGGACAACACCAAGUUGUUCUUGAUCGGUGAAAAGGGCCGCGGUCAAUUGCGCCGCACCCAUGCGUCGUCCAUCCAGGGGAAUGCCACGGAAGCGUGGGUCACCCCCCCCAACUUUGCCAAGGCGAGUGCGUUGGCCGAAGCCGUCUUGGCCGGUGUCGAUGGCGACGAAAAGGUGCACGUGAUCUUUAACAAGUUUGUGUCGGCGAUCUCGUACCUGCAAUCCGUGCGUUCCGUGGACAUCACCAAGGACAUCUAUGACAAGUACGAGUUGGAGCCGGACAACAAGGAAGAAGUGUUGGCCGACUUGAAGGAAUUCCAACUCGCCACCGCCAUCUUCCACGGCAUGUUGGAGUCCAACACGUCGGAAGAAUCGGCCCGCAUGACCGCCAUGGAGAACGCCUCGGGGAACGCGUCGGACCUCAUCUCGAGCCUCCGCACCGUGUACAACAAGGCCCGCCAAACGCGCAUCACGACCGAAUUGAUCGAAAUCAUUUCGGGUGCUGCGUCGUUGGAUGCCCAAAAGUAAAAAACAGUCGCGCCUUCUCUCCGAGUUGUGCACUUGUGUUUGUUCUCAAACAAGUUGUGUGUUGUAUAUACAGUAAGGAAGCUUAUAGCGGCGCCAUAGAGCGAGCUAGUAAUACUAGUGCUGUACUAGAGGCCACAUGUGCAAGAGUAAUAUUGAAGUGUUAGAAAAU